AUUGUGAUGUUUUCAGUACAUUUUUUGUUUCUGAUUUUUGUGCUUUCAAUCGCGUAUAGUGAAUGGCAGCAGUCUACAAGCUGUCUCUGACUCUGAGAACACGUGAAGUUUUUUUCACCUGUUUAUUACUGGUACGAGCUCAUCGUUGACUUCGUUUAGGGUUUUUCAUUUUUUUGUGCCUCCAUGUUUGAGGGGAAAUGAAAUCGCCAAAUUCAAGGAAGGAAAACAUUGUGCUGACCCAUUUUGGUUUUCGGGAAUGAGUUAGACACUCCAUUUAUACUUUUUAUCCAGGUUUCGCUAGUAUCUGGAAGGAUUCUGAAGGCACAAUCUUAGAUUUGUUGAAAAGUGGCCGACCAAAAAACUACUGAAAAGGUGGAGCAGAAGUGUGCCUUUUGCACAGAGAACUAACCCCAAAGCAUGGGGAGGCUGAAAUUUCCAAAGCGUUACUUGAUUGUUAUUUUGACGUUCAUCUCCACAUGUGUUUGUUAUGUAGAGCGUGUGGGCUUCUCAAUUGCCUAUACCGUUGCUGCUGAUGCUGCUGGGGUAAACCAAUCAAGCAAAGGCACAAUACUUUCUACCUUUUACUAUGGGUAUGCUUGUUCACAGGUGCCCGGAGGAUGGGCAGCACAGAAACUAGGAGGAAGGCGUGUUCUUCUCCUCUCAUUUGUGUUAUGGUCGUUAACUUGUGCUUUAUUCCCACUGGACCCAAAUCAUGUCAGGCUCAUAGUGAUGGCCCGCUUGCUCGUCGGUGUGGCACAAGGGUUCAUUUUCCCCUCCAUCCACACUGUUCUUGCACAAUGGGUUCCACCCCAUGAAAGGUCUAGAUCUGUUUCUCUCACAACUUCUGGGAUGUACCUAGGGGCAGCUGCAGGAAUGCUUGUACUUCCAAGCUUGGUGAAGUACAGGGGCCCCCAAUCUGUAUUUUUUGCUGAAGCAACAUUAGGUGCAAUGUGGUCUCUACUGUGGCUCAAAUAUGCCAGUGACCCUCCUCGAGCUGAAUACCCAAAAGCCACUGCCUCUGGUUUUGGGGAAUCAUUGUUGCCAAUGAGAGGAAGUCAGAAGGUAAAAGUGGAGAAUGGAGGAAAUUCUGUCAAAACUUCCAAAAUCCCAUGGAAGCGAAUUUUCAUUAGCUUGCCAGUUUGGGCAAUUGUGGUGAAUAAUUUCACAUUUCAUUACGCCUUGUAUGUCCUGAUGAACUGGUUGCCCACAUACUUUGAGCUAGGCCUCAAUCUUAGUCUUCAGGAAAUGGGUUCUUCUAAGAUGUUGCCUUAUCUCAACAUGUUCAUUUUCUCAAACAUUGGUGGGGUGGUUGCUGACCAUUUGAUCACGAAGAGGAUCAUGUCUGUGACUAAAACCAGGAAGUUCUUGAACACCAUAGGAUUUAUAGUAGCUUCUCUUGCGUUGAUGGCACUUCCCACGUUCAGAACUUCUGGUGGGGCUGUGUUUUGUUCUUCUUUGGCUCUUGGUUUCUUGGCUCUAGGGAGAGCUGGGUUUGCUGUGAAUCAUAUGGAUGUUGCUCCAAGAUAUGCAGGAAUUGUCAUGGGGGUUUCUAAUACUGCUGGGACACUAGCUGGCAUUGUUGGUGUUGACCUCACUGGCAAACUUCUUGAAGCUGCUCAAAUUGCUAAUUCUGAUCUUUCAGGUCCAGAAAGCUGGAGAUUAGUGUUUUUCAUCCCAGGGUUGCUCUGCAUUUUCAGUUCUUUUGUGUUCUUACUAUUCUCGACCGGGGAGAGAAUUUUUGACUGAGGGAGGCUGGUUCUGUGUAGAUUCUGUGUGGCUUAUGAAUAUUUUCAUCAAUGCCAGCAUGAGCAAAUAUUGAAAUUCAAGCACCAAAAAAGAUUUGAAAGUGGUUUGCUUAAUUGGAUAGGUAGAAAACAUCCGUUAUUGAUUUACCAUUGUGAAUCAUGCAAAGCUUAUUUCCUUGUAUUGUUUAGACACCAAUGCCCCAAGUGAGCCGGUUUCGUUGCAACACGUGAAAUAUUGCCAUUAUCUUGGCAUGUCCUGGUGCAAUUGACAGAUUAUACAGAAAAAUUAGAAGUACCAGAAGAUGAGCUCGAAACCUCCUGUACAACUGUUAUGGCUGACUGGAUUUUGUGACAUGCUGCCAGUUUCUGCUUUCUGUUUUACCAGACAUUAUUGCAAGGACCCAUUUAAAUCAUACCUAACUACAUAAUACUGCUGAUAUUUGUAGAACAGCAAACAUUUUUAAGUUGUGGCUGAGUCAUAGAAAGGCCAUGAAGUUCUAUUCUUAAAAUAUUUGGCAUUGCUUUCUCUGUGUAGAUCAUGAAAUUUCAUUUACAGUCUUGGGAAAAAGCAAUACAGGAUCCAAGGUAAUACGGCAAGGCUGUUCUUUUACAAUUUGUGGAUGAUGAACUCUAGUAGUUAUAAAACCAUUGGAGUGAAAA